AUGUCUUUUUACAGCAAAAAAGAGUCGUUUUUCUUGGACGCGGUGGCAUCAACUACUUGCCCAAUUGUUCAAAUCGUCCCUUUGACGGACAUCGAUGUAUCCAACUACCUUGACGCGCACCCGGAGGUUCUUGCAAAGUACUUUGAGGAGCGCAAGGGCUAUGCAUGGUCCUUCGUCGAGAUCCCUUUUCAAGAUUUAACGGGUGGAGAGGUCACCGCCGCAAACGAGGGCAAUGCAAGUAAUCAAGAAGCACAGCGACUUCGUAGCUUGUUUGAGGACGAGCCAGUUGCUGCCACAGAACCAGAAGCUUUCGGUGAACUGGCCCCGGUUCCAGAGGACGAUACAGAGAGCAACUUCUCAGAGAGCGAGCUGGACUCAUCUCCCUGGGUGAAAGCACCUAUCCCAUCUAUCUUUCCCCCUUCUCCCUAUCCCUCGGCUGAUCCAUUUAUUCAGCACCCUUCCACACUUUCCUCCUCACCUUCUCCGUCUCCAUCUCCGUCGCCUUCCCCUUCUCCAUCUUCGUCUUCAUCUUCGUCUCCGCCGCCUUCCCAUUCCUCUUCACCUCCUCCUCCUCCUCCACCACCGCCACCACUAGCUUCUCUCCUACAGAAGAACAGCCGGAGUUGGAGCGCCGCGGAGGAGGAAUCUUGCUGCAGACAUAUGAAGGCAGUGUGUAAGGAGGGCAAGAUUCAGGGCGAAGCCCGGUUCAGAGAGACGCAAAGACGCAUGUCAGAUGAGGACGGUUUUCAGCACAGGGGCGCAACAGCAGUCAAGAACUUUUGGAACCGUGUUGGCCGUGCUAGAUGCAACCUCGACGAACGCAAGAACAAAAAGGCACCUCUAGCGACGUCGCAACAGGGUAAACUAGCCAAUUCAUCUCGGCAUCUCACGGCUUCAGCCUUCAUAUCAUCACAGGGCGUACGCAAAUGUUCAACUCUGCCAAAAAGACGUCCUCCCAAGCAAAUGCCGGACUCAGACUCAAACAAUGAGCAGGAAUACGAUACAGCUGAUACAACGCCGCCAUCUGUCAAGAAACCUCGUAAAAGAGAUCGAGAUGACAGCGAAUCAGAGUGGAAGCCAGAUCAAGGCAUGUUCAAUGCUAUUGCGAAAGGCAUCCGAAAUCCAAAGAAGGCUCGCGUCUCCAACUAG